UUCUUCUUAUUUUUUUUUAAUUUUUUCGACACUUCGUUUAUUUUCCUACAUCAAGUGUGAAAAGCUUGUCUUUUCACGACAAAGGCUUCAUCAUUUAUUCCUACGUAGCAGAAAACAUUGUUUGUGGAAUGGAUAUAGGAGGCGGUUAUGUUUAUAUGAAUGGAGAUACUGUUAAGCUACAACCACCUGUCGCCACUACAGUUUAUACAAAUGUAGAUCCGGCAAUGUUGGCUCCAAAUUUGUAUGCUUCGACUACACAAUUGGCAGCUUCGGCAGCAACACACAUUCCUAUUAUAGCAACCACCGCAACUCAGCCGCCCCAUCCACAAGCAUUACAAGUGGCAGCUCCACAACCAACUCAACACCAACAACUGUUACAACAUACACAUGCUCAUAGUCACACCGCCGCCCAUACGCAACAACCUACAAUGCAAACAGUUCAGCCGCAAGUGCAACAACAUCAGCAACAUUUGCAAUAUGCACAUCAACCGCAAGUUGCAACUGGUGGUGCUGCCGCUGUGACGACCACAACGAUUGAUAACACCGAAUAUGCCGUUAUGAAUGGCACUGUCUGCUAUAGUCAAGAUGAUUUAUCCGGUGCUGGUACAAAUUUGGUCACUGUUGAACAGUUGUCAGGAGCAGCUGCAUCAGCAGCUACACACAACCCACACGUACAACAUCAUGUUGUUGUACCCAAUGGUGUUAUACAGCAGCAGCAACAUCAACACCAUCAAGUGCAACAGCAACAACACCAACAGCAUCAACAUCAUCAAAUCUCCAAUAGUGGCAAUAGCAAUAAUAUAGGUGGAAUCGGCGCUGAAAGUAAUGUCAUGUCCUUGGAGCAAUUGAAACAGAGUUUGGCUACCCAAUUAGAAUAUUACUUUUCAAGAGAAAAUCUGGCAAAUGAUACUUAUCUGCUUUCACAAAUGGAUAGUGAUCAAUAUGUACCCAUAUGGACUGUUGCUAAUUUUAAUCUUGUAAAGAAAUUGACUAAGGACAUUAAUUUGAUAACGGAAGUGUUGCGAGAAUCCCCAAAUGUGCAGGUACAUGAAGACGGUAAACAUGUUCGGCCAAAUUGUAAGCGUUGCAUUGUUAUCUUAAGAGAAGUUGAUGAAAAAACCCCAGUAGAGGAAGUGAAGAAAAUAUUUGUUCACGAUAAUUGCCCCCGUGUGAUAUCUUGUGAGUUUGCGGGUAAUGAUUCGUGGUAUAUUACUUUUGAGUCUGAUGAGGACGCUCAUAAAGCGUUCCAGUUUUUACGUGAAGACGUUAAAGAAUUUCAGGGAAGACCAGUAAUGGCUCGUAUGAAAGCCAAGCCUUAUGUACACCGUCUACCAAUGUCGAAUGUGAACCCUAAGAGUAAUAAUUACAGGCUAACUUCUCCACCAGCGGCUGUCUAUGAUCCUAAUGCUGCAGCUGCUGCUGCAGUUACAUACAGUGGACCUCAACGUAUAGUUUAUGCUGCCAACGGUGCAAUGGCGCAAGCACCUGUACCAUAUAAUGGACAAGUACAUUUAAUCCCAUUCCAACAACAACAAUUAUAUCCAGGAUUUGUUGCUGCACCUUGGCAACCGACGGCUGCUGCUGUAGCGGCAGCCGCUAGCACGGGUCAUGGUCAAAACUUCUAUGAAAUUGGAAAUGUCUUUACAGCCAAUGGCUUAACGGCGCAAGGUUUACCUGCUUAUGCUACAUCAGCACCACAGCCUGGUGCACCGAUGGGCUCUUCGAAGUCUCAAGGCGGCGGUGGGCGAUAUAAUAAUCAUCGGAACAAUUCUAAUAAUGGAAAUAACUCAACUGGUCAUAGAAAUAAGCCACGAAACUCUUCACAACAAAUGCAACAUCAACAACCUCAACAACUAGCUGGCGGAAAUAUUAUUGUGUCAAAUAAUGUAGCCGGAGGUAUAGUCAGUGUUGUGCCUGCUGCACUAGUAGAUCAGCAUUCUCAACACCAAACUCAACAGCAUCAAAUGCAAUCACAGAAUCAACCCCAACAAGUUGCUGUAAGUCAAACCCAUCAACAGCAUCAGCAACAAGGCGUCAGUUCCAAUCGACACUUUUCAAAUAUGAAAACAAAUACAGGUGGUAUACCAAAAUCGUCCAUGGAAAAAACAUAUGUAAAUAGUGGCAUAUCUACCCAUCACCUUUAUAACACACAACCGCAAUCAGUUGCUACUGCACAUCAUGUGCAAAAUCAAGCACAACAGCUUCAGCAACAAGCAAAUAAUAAUUCGGCGCUUAUGCAACAAACUCACUAUCAAAUGCCUUCCUCAAAUGCUGUGCCCACAGGUUCUAUUCAACAUGCUUCCUAUGUACAUGCAACACCAACAGUGUCAGCACAACAUUUACAAUCCCACCACCAACAACAAUCACAACAUUCACAUGGUGCAGAAUUACAAGAUGAUGCCUUAAUUGGUGGCAAUGAAGGGCAACAGCAAUCUUUGCAUGCACCACAACACAGUCGAAAUAUGUCUAGUUCAUCAUCUUCAUUGGCAACUUCUGUUGGUGGUGGUGGAGGAGGCAAGGAUCCACCACAUUGGUCUCAGCCUAGACAUCGACGACGACGACGUGAUGAUGAUGGCAGUGGCAUGAAUUACUCACCUAAUAACCGUAUGAGUAAUGUUGGAGGCGGCGGGCAAUCCUAUGGUAAUUCGCAUCAUGGUCACCAACAAUCUUCCUCGGGUCCAUCAAGCAAUGUUUCCCAAUCGUCCAAUAGUGGCCAUCACUCAAGCCGUGGAGGUGAUACAGGACAUCAUGGUGGAGGUUAUAUGCAUCAUCGCGAGGAUCAUCGCGGUGGCUAUAAAGGAAAUAAUUACAACCCACAUUACAAUAGUGGAUCGCAUCAUCAGUCCCAGCAUGGAUCGUCGUCAUCUUCACAUCAUCCCCAUCAUUCUACCUCUCAACAUCAUCAGUCUCAUCAUGUUCCCUCCAGUCAUCAUUACAGCAACCACCAUCAUAGCGGUGGUGGUGGUGGUGGCGGAGGCAAUAACAUUAAUAGCUCUAGCGAACGGGGUGGCGGACAUCACAAUCAGCAAAAUCAAAAUGUUCAACCAGUGCAACCUCCACAGUUCGACUUGGAAGCAGAUGCGUUCCCACCACUGCCAGCAACAUCUUCAUCGGCUGCUUCUUCCGCAACAUCAAACCUUUCCGCAUCUAAUAUUACCAAUAACAAUAGCGCUUUAGCUCUAAGUAGCAAACAAACUGCCAAUAUAAGCCAGCAGAGUCAUCAUCAACAGCAGCAAUUGGGUUCAAAUGACGCUACUAAUGCUACAACAUCUGCCAUUAUUAGCAAUACUUCUAGCGGCGAUCAAUAUUUAAAGGCUUUCAACAACAAUCUGCAACAAAUACAGCAGAACCAAUACCAUCAAGGCUCAAAUAGCAGCGGUACGCUGCCAUUAAAUAAAGGUUCCUUUAUUAAUACCAGUAGCAACUCAGGUAGUGGUAGUGGCGGAAAUGGUUCCUCCGGUUCCAAUAGCAAUUGGACAGAAAAUAGAUUGUCUGAUGUGGUUCGAGGUAGCGGUGGAAAUACAAAUAGCAAAGGCAAUAAAUCGCGAAAAGAAUCUACUCAUAACAAGCAUUAUCAUCAGCAAAGUCAACAACAACAACAACAGCGGUCAAGUGCAAUAAGUCCACCAAUGAUAUCUGCCGCUGAUACGGUUACUGUUGAGGAAGUCUCAUCAACAGUCACAACUGCAGCAUUGACCAAGUCCAAUAAUAAAUCAAUGACAAAUAAACAAAAUAACUCCUCAUCUGUGAUAAAGUGUAUAACACAAAAUAAUAAAAAUAUAAAUAAUAAUACGAACAGUAGUAACAGCAAUAUAUUAGCAAUGCAUGCUACUGAGAUUAGUAAUAGCAACACUAACAUCAACCACGAUAAAACAAUUAACAAGACUGAGGAAUCAUUUACUACAGAAGCUAUUAAUAAACAGCAAUCAAUUAGCGAUAAUAGCAACGAAAGGUCUAGCAACAGUAAUGUAAAUAAUAAUAAUAAUAGCAGCGCGAAAAUAUCGAUUGCUACACCAGCUACCUCAUCGCCGAACAUACUUGCUGUUACCUGCAACGUUUCCACUAUGACUACAAAUUUAGCAGAUUGUAGCUUAAGCAAUCAUAAAAAGCCACCCGCCAUUGCUGCUUUACUCGCCAAAAAAGAUACGCCAAAAGAUGCUACUAAACAAAAAAAUGCCUCGACAUCCACUUCAUCGUCAUCAAUUGAAAAUAUUGCAGCAGCUGUGGCUGCUGCAAAUAGUGCGCGUUUAAGUUAUGCGCAGGUUGCACAACGAACUGAUGGUAAUAGAGAUACUGCUGGAACUUUAUCACCAAUUGCCAUUAACAAAAAUGAGAUUGUAACUGGACCAGCUGUGGUAACCACUACGACCCCAACAGCAACAACUGCUAAAAUCGAAAUGACUGCAACAAUUGGUGAGAAAACUAACGAAAAGUCUGCUGCUAGUACAAAUGUAAUGGUGGAAAAAAGAAAUAAUUCAAAUGCUACAAAUCAAACUUUUGUCCCUACUGGUGCUUUAGCCGGAAACAAUAACAAUAGCAAUAUUGGUGCUGUGAAUACAAUUGGAAACGUAGUAAUGCGAGGUGAAAAUACAAAAGAUAAAGAUGCUUCUCGUGAAAAUAGACAAAGCACUGGUAGUAAUAAUAGUGCUAAUAGUAGUAGCAGUAGUUCAAUAACGACAGCUACAGUAAAUGUUAGUCGUAACCGUUCCGAUGCUAAAGACAAAAAUGUACGUGACAGAGUUGAUACUGGCGAUAGUAAUAGUAGCGCUGCCAAUUCGUUUAGUCGUAAGGCUGGACGUAAUAAUUAGGAUGUAUGAUAGCAUAAAGAAUUUACAUGAACCCAAAAAUGAUUAAAAUAGUUAAGAAUGCACAUAAAUUCUUACGUAUAUAUAUAUAUGCCAAAAUAAUAUAUAACAAUUUAAAAAUG